UUUCCUCUGCUCUUCCAUGCUGAAGAAAGCUUCGAUAACGAUGAACAAGCAAGAAGACAUUUCCACUAAGAAUUACUUACUUCCUAACUUCACUAAUGGAUUCCCAGGGUUCAGAGAUAGCAUUAAUACUACUAUGAAGAAAGUAAUGGAAGGGGGAAAUGAGGAAGAAGAGAAGAAUGGCAGCAGCGUUGGGAAGAAGAAAGGGGAGAAGAAGGUGAAGAGGCCGAGGUUUGCUUUCCAGACAAGGAGCCAGGUUGAUAUUCUCGACGAUGGCUAUCGUUGGAGGAAGUAUGGCCAGAAAGCUGUCAAGAAUAACAAGUUUCCCAGAAGCUAUUAUCGUUGCACGCAUGAAGGUUGUAAUGUCAAGAAACAAGUUCAGAGACUAUCGAAGGAUGAAGGAAUUGUGGUUACGACAUAUGAGGGAAUACAUUCUCAUCCUACUGAGAAAAACAGUGACAACUUUGAGCAGAUUUUGAGCCAAAUGAAAAUCUACACUAGAUCUUAGGCUCUGUACAUUUGGGACAGCUUCUUUACUGUUUUCUAAAGCAUCUAUAUAUCAAAUAC